AAGAGUGCGCUUUAGUUACAGGCUAAGCGCCGCAGAUUUCGCGCGGGGCGGGUGUUGUCAUUGUAUUUUCACGUGACGAAAGUGAGUUUCCGUGGAAUAUUCGACAACGAAUCGCGCGAAAAUGCCGCCGAAAAAGCGGGAGAAAGAAUUAGAUGGCCAGAAGGGUCCUCGGAUGGAUCAAAUACAAGCAGAUCAUGAGCUAUUCCUACAGGCCUUCGAAAAACCAACCCAAAUUUAUCGAUUUCUACGUACAAGAAACCAAAUUUCACCAAUAUUUCUAUAUAGAAAUUUAACUUACAUGAAGCAACGUAUGUCUAGAAGCCAUAAAUCUCGACGGGGAUUUAAAAUUGACAUGAUAUUGGAAAAGUUAAUGUCAAAAAAUAAUCAAGCGGAGAAUCCAGGUGUCCGUGGAUAUAUGACUCUUACUUUUCUAGGUUUUUAUGAUAAAAAAGCUGAAGCACCACAGGAUCCUGUAAAAGUAGAAACAUUAUUAUUGAAAAUUUGUCAUAAGAAACGAAAGGAUGUGAGUUCGCCAAUUAUGCAGGUUUCUGUUGGUACGAGCGAAGUUCCAAUUAAUCCCUGUGAAAAUCAACCUCCGCCAAAAGCACCUACUAUAUCCAUACCUAACGAGUCCUUCAGCUUAAACAAUGGCCACGUAGCAAAGACUUACAUGCUUUUACUUAGAGUUUAUUGUACAUCCAAUACUGGCUGCCUUAUACAUAACUGUGAUUUAGAUGAACCAGCUCAGAAGCGUCGUAAAUCCUCCACUGGUUCAAUUAAAACUGGAGGGGAAGAAGUAAAAUUGUAUGGUUCUGAACUCAUAGUGUACGAUAAACAUAAUCGAUGUUUAUUAACAGACGGAGAUUAUGAAUUAGGUUUACAGGAAGUACAAACCAAUGUUCGAUCUAGCCCAAAGAAACACAGCUCUUGGGAGUCUGUACCUGACAUCAAAGAAUGCGGUCCUUUUGAAGUAUUCAGCAAAGGACCGACAUUAAAAUUUAGACUUAAUUGGACAACUGAACCGAGUAAUGGUUUGGUAGAUAGACCAGCUCCGAUACAUCCAGUACCAAGCGGCGAUAACAAAGAAAAUCGAUCUGGAAACACUGGUCUAGAACGUUCUUCCACAAAUAACAAUAAUAGUAGUACCAAUAAUAAUAAUCAUCAUAAUAACAACAACAACAAUAACAAUAAUAAUAAUAAUCAUAAUAGUAAUCAUAAUAGUACACUGCCAACAGCUAGUCCACUUAAUUCUUCAAGAAUGACAACAGCUAACGAAAAGACAGACACCUCAAUGGGUACACAGCAAAUAGUUUAUCAAUUUCUAUAUAAUAAUAAUAGUCGUCAACAAACGGAAGCCUGCGAGGAUUUACAUUGUCCUUGGUGCUCUUUAGACUGCGGCAAACUUUAUUCUCUUUUAAAGCACUUGAAAUUAUGUCAUUCGCGAUUUACAUUCACGUAUGUGCCGAUUCCACAAGGUGCUCGUAUAGAUGUAGCAAUAAACGAAUGCUAUGAUGGUUCAUACGCAGGUAGUCCCCAUGAAUUGAUUUCACAACCUUCUAGCGUAGCUUUCUCAAGGACAGGCCCAACAAGGCGCACAAGUGUGACAAAUAUUUUGGUAUGCCGGCCAAAAAGGACUAAACCAAGCCUCUCCGAGUUUCUGGAACUUGAUGAAAAUGAGUUCGAAAGCCAAAGACCUUACAUUACAGGACACAAUAGGUUGUAUCACCAUACUGUCACGUGUUUACCCAUAUAUCCAAAAGAAAUGGAUAUAGAUUCCGAGGGCGAGAACGAUCCAAAGUGGUUGCAAACAAAAACGAUGAUGAUGAUUGACGAUUUCACAGAUGUGAACGAAGGAGAAAAGGAAUUAAUGAAAAUGUGGAAUCUACAUGUCAUGAAAUAUGGCUAUGUAGGAGACUGUCAAAUACCGCUGGCUUGUCAGAUGUUUCUAGAGACUAAAGGAAAGGAAUUGCUCAUGAAAAAUUUAUAUCGUAAUUUUGUUUUGCAUAUGUGCAGUUUGUUCGACUUUGGUCUGAUCAGUCCAGUAAUUUUAUAUCAAACAAUUCAAAAAUUACAAGAGAUUAUGAAAGAAGGAGGGGAGGACAGUGAUAUUCGAAAAGUUUUACAAAAAUCUCACGAAGCUCAAGUCGAGAAAUGGAUUAAUUCAGGUUGUCACGCGUCUUCGGAUACUAAUAAGCAAAUUAGUACAGGUACUAAAGUAAACUUUAAUAUCGAUGGGACAAGUUCCAACGCAAGACGAAAAACUUCUUUGCCGCUUGGUUCGCCGAAUUCACAAAGUGUAAAAACAACGGUGUCUAUCCACAAUAAUGUUAGUAAACAUGCCAGCAUGAUAACAACAUCAUCGAACAAGACUGUAAAUCAUAGUAAUGCGAUUCAAAGCUCUAUUAAUAAAAAUUCUGGGACAUUUACAUCUAUACAAAGCAGUACAAAUAAAACUGCUUCUACAGUUUGUGUAACAAAUACUAUUAGCAGUAAAACCUCAACAAUGGUCUCGAUGUCUAAUGGAGUGUCUAAUCAAAAUGAAAUAGGACAAAGACAAAUCAGUGAUAUACCUACGCGGCGUAAAAGUACAAACUCGAUAGUUCAUGUUUCUGAAAGUACAACGCCUUUGCGUCGAAAAUCAAUGGCAAGUGAAAGUGCAAGUACUGAAUACCAUAGAAGAAAGUUGGUUUUGGAUACAAUACCGAACAACGGUAACACACACUAAAAAAACCACUCCAAAAUGAAAAUAGUUAUUAGUAACCGUCAUAUAUGCGUUACUAUGCUAAUUGUACGUUUUUGUACAGUAUUUGUUGCAAAGAAUAUAAUUGCGAUUAGAAUGAUUGACAUUAUAGCUAAUACUUUAAUCAUUGCUCUAGCCACUAAAUCAAUUUUUUAUGAAUUCAAAAGUUUUAAUGUAAAAAUGAAUUUGAAUGACUCAUGAUUUUAAUUAAAAUUAACAAAUGAUCGAAUAUUGAAAAGGAAGUAAUUCUGAAUAUACAUAGUCGAAAGUCAUUUCGUAAAUGUAUAACAUACCCAUUCUCUUUUGGUCUAGUCAAUGACAUUUUGUUUUUCAUUUUCUGAAGGUUUUUAUUUGCUUAGUAAUGUACAGAAAUCGUAUUGCC